AUGACAACGUCACUGCUGCUCGGUCCGCGCUGGCUCGACCCGUCGCUCAUGUUUCUCUACGAAAACGCCGCGGAUGAAGUCAAGAACAUGGAGGGUUUUGCUGGAGGCAACUUUACAGCGAAUCAGUGCCGGAAUCUGAUGGCGCACCCCGCGUCCCUGGCUCCCAGCUCGGCGUAUACGUCCAGUGACGUGCCCACGUCGGGCAUGGGGGAACCGGUGAAGCAGUGUAGCCCCUGCUCCGCGGCUCAGAACUCCUCCAGCGCGUCUCUACCGUACGGCUACUUUGGCAGCAGCUACUACCCGUGCAGAAUGUCGCAUCACAGCAGCUUAAAGGCGUGCGGCGCGCAACCCCCUUCCGCGUACACGGACAAAUACGUGGAUUCUUCUGCGCCUGGAGACGACUUUCCCUCGCGAAAGGAGUUCGCCUUUUACCCCACGUACACUUCCGGACCCUACCAGCCCGUGCCCAGUUACUUGGACGUACCGGUCGUACCCGCCAUCAGCGCACCGACCGAGGCCAGGCACGAGCCGCUGCUGCCCAUGGACAGCUACCAACCGUGGGCCCUGAACGGCUGGAACGGACAAGUCUACUGCGCCAAGGAGCAGCCUCAGCCCGGGCACAUGUGGAAGUCCUCGAUACCCGACGCGGUGUCUCAUGUCGGCGGAGACUCGGGCUCGUACCGGAGAGGGAGGAAGAAGCGAGUGCCCUACACCAAAGUGCAACUGAAGGAGCUGGAGCGCGAAUACGCCGCCAAUAAGUUUAUCACGAAGGACAAACGGAGACGGAUAUCUGCGCAGACCAACCUGUCCGAGCGCCAGGUGACCAUCUGGUUCCAGAACAGGCGCGUAAAGGAGAAGAAAGUGGUGAACAAGCUGAAAACCAUCAGCUAGUUCCCCGCGCCCGUGGACUAUGUGGCCCGUGGAUUUCUGACUGAACAUCACGUUUGACUGCAUCAUUUCAGUGUUUGACUUUGGCCUUGGCUGUGUGUGAUGGUGUAAAAGGAUUCAGGUGGGAGCUACGUGUGACUUUAAGUCUCUGGCCGUCAGUCUCGUGGCGUGAGUUCGCCGAAGGUUUGCGCCACCGAACUACACUAUUAUCUGCCACUUUUAACGACGAGACGAUAAAACAGCCACAGGAAAUGACCUUUUAAGGAGUUGGACCUUGAGAAUGUUAAAUAUUAAUCCUUGUGGCUUCCUUUUAUUCGCAUAUAGCUUGUAUGAAGUUUAUUAUAUGAACCCCUGCUCUUCGUUCAUUCAUUCAUUGAAAAUUGUGGUGCAAUUAUUAUUCUACGCUUUAAAAGGAUCUCCGGGCCUGCCCGGAGUGUCUUACAGCUUUCAUUUUGUGUGCGCUUGCAGAUGCUUGUACAUAAAAUCUCCGGCAUGAAAUCCGGGUUAUUGUUGUUCCGGGUUAUUGUGAGUAGAACAUGUUGGUGUUAAAGUCCGUCCCAAU